UUUUUGGAACCCCUUUAUUCUGAAUCUCCAAUUUCUCUCCCCAGGGUGUUUUUGGAAGCUCUGUAUUUUCUGAACCCCAAUUUCUCUCCCCAGGGUGAUUUUGGAGCCCUCCCAGUCCCAGCAUGGCAGAGCAGAAGCGUUUGGCCUUUUCCAUCAUCCAGUUCCUGCACACCCAGCUCCAGAGCGGCUCCAUGUCCCCGGACGCGCAGGAGAGUUUGGAAGUGGCCAUCCAGUGCCUGGAAACAGCAUUUGGGGUCUCCAUGGAAGACCAAGGGCUGGCUGUGUCCCAAACCCUUCCUGAAAUCUUUGAAGCUGUGGUAGGGAAGGAGCUGGAACAUUCCAGAACGAACUCAGAGCCCGUCACCCCCUCAGAAGACGACGUGGCUGAGGCUGAAAGACUCAAAACUGAAGGAAACGACCAAAUGAAGGCAGAGAACUUUGAGGCUGCUGUGAGUUUUUAUGGCAAAGCCAUCGAGUUAAACCCAGCCAAUGCUGUUUAUUUCUGCAACAGAGCUGCUGCCUACAGCAAGCUGGGCAAUUACGCGGGGGCCGUGCGGGACUGCGAGCGCGCCAUCGGCAUCGACCCCAGCUACAGCAAAGCCUACGGCAGGAUGGGCCUGGCCCUGUCCAGCCUGAACAAACACACAGAAGCCGUUGUUUAUUACAAAAAAGCUCUGGAGUUGGACCCAGAAAAUGAAACUUAUAAAUCCAACCUGAAAAUAGCAGAACAGAAAAUGAAGGAGACUCCCAGCCCAACCGGCGGCCCCGGAGGGUUCGACCUGGCGGGAUUGCUGAACAACCCCGGCUUCAUGAGCAUGGCCUCAAACCUCAUGAACAACCCCCAAGUACAGCAGCUAAUGUCCGGGAUGAUCUCGGGAGGCCACAACGCCAUGGGAGCGACCGGGAGCAGCCCCUCCACCAACGACCUGGCCAGCCUGAUCCAGGCGGGUCAGCAGUUUGCGCAGCAGAUGCAGCAGCAGAACCCCGAGCUCAUCGAGCAGCUCCGCAGCCAAAUCCGCAGCCGGACCCCGAGCGCCAGCAAUGAGGAGCAGCAGGAGUGAGCCGUUCCAGGAUUUCUGCCCUUGGAAGUGUCCGAGAGGGAAAAAUCCCAAACCCAGAAUGGAGAAAAAGCAGAACAGUCCCCAGUCCCUGCAUGUCCCCCCCAGUUCUCAUUUUCCCCUCCUUUUUUUUCCCCCCUUUUUAAUUUUUUUUGGCUUUUUUGGGGUU